UAGUGCAUAAUUAGGUAGACCAUGAUUAAUGCACACUCCAACACAGUAGGUGGCGGCAUGCACCUUUAAACGUUUGUUUGCGGACGGCAAUGAUAUCAUAGAAGACUAAGACGAACGGAAGUGAACAGUGACCAAGAUCCACGCUAAGAGUUUUUAUUGUUAAUAUUUAGACGUGUAUUACCACCCUGGAACGCAAUAUGACUUGACUGCACAGCAUCACAUACUUAACCCAAGUAGUUUUUAAUUUGCGUUGGAGACAGGACUUGGUUGAUAUGUUAUUUAGGUAACGCUAGUAGUCGAGCUGCUAAUAAUGGCUGGUAACUCUAACUGUAUGUUUUUUCACACUCAAAUAGCCUCCAUCAUGGAGGUUCUAGCGAAUGCAGCCGUGGCAGAGAUCUGUAAACUCGUAGACGACGACUAUGCAGUGUUUCGUUUGGAAAUAACUCAAAGCCAGAAAGAAAACAGGACAUUGCGGAAGAAACUACUGGAACUGAAGGUGGCACGGGAACUCGCAGAAAAGACAACACGAGAGCGCGUCCUCGCCACUCGUCCCAGUAGGGUCGUCGACCGAUACAGAAGAAUGGCAAGAGGUGAAGGACAUUACACUGGAGGCCACAGGAGCUUUGUAAAGCCAGCUGGACACAAUACAUGGAAAGAUGACCAACCAAUCACUGUUGAUGAGGGGAGUGGAACCUCAACCCAGCAUGUUAUCAUAAUAGAGUCUGCAGAGGCUGCUGGCCUUGAGGUCAAGCAGGAGAGGUCUGAAGGAGAGGAGGAUCCACGGCACAGCAGAGACAUCCAGACUGGAGUAGCUGGAGCGCCCCCUGUAGUCACAGAAGACCCCACCACUGCCACAGCACCGCCCAGGACCCAAUGCAGCAUCACGGAGGAAGAGAAGGGUCUAGAGGUGCUGUUGGUGAAGGAGGAGGGGUGUGAGGAGGGUCUGGGGAACCCUGAGGGGAACAUGGUCAUGGAGGACAACCAGACGACAUCUCCUCCUGAAACCACAGAGGAACCAGCUGAGCAGCACAGGACCACGCACAGUCUCACUGAGUCAGUAGACAUGGAGGAUGGGAAGCCUGAUCUGCUGCUGGUCAAAGAGGAGACAAUAGAAGACAGACCAGAGAGUAUUGAUUUGCUGAGUGAACUUAAGAUGGGGGAGCAAGGUGGCUGGCUGGAGGCUGGUAGUGGAGACUGGGUGGCCAUCUUGGAUUCCCAGACUGGUGCAGCCAAGGACCCAGGGGACAACAUCACUGACCAGUCCAGGACCAGAGGUGACAUAGUGGAGGUCAGUGGAUGGGACAGCGUCCUCAAGUCUGGAGUGGGGAACAACACCUUUAACCACAACCAGAAACAGACAGUCGAACACAAAACAAAAACCAAAUUUAGUCGCCAUGACAACAGACUGGCUGAGACCAGGGCGAGGGGUAGAUUUGGUCUGCAGGGACGGGGAGGUGUCCGUAUGCGGCAGAAGAGGACAGACACAGACUCUGCUAGCGAUGCUCCGUCCUGCUCCUAUAGUUGUGAUUCAGAGAGACUGAUGGCAUCUCAGGUUAACCCCCUAACAGGUGCUGCCUUCAGCCUGCCUUCUAUAGGAUCUAUAAACUGGAACAUGGACCCUGCAACAACACAGACUCUCCCUGGUCUUCAUCCUCCUCACACUCUCCUAAUGUUAAACCAGACCUCAGACAAUGCCAGUGCCUCAACACUAAAAGGCUACACAAGGCCAUUGACAAAUGACAGUAGUAGAGACGCUAUCAGCAGAUCUGGUGGCAAAGAGAAGCGCUUCCCGUGUUCAUUUUGUGGGAAAGCCUUCAGUUUCCCCAAACAGGUGGAGAUCCACCAGAGAAUGCACACAGGGGAGAAACCUUUCAGCUGUCAUCUUUGCCGGGCCAGUUUCUCCCAAUUGUCCAACCUGAAGAGGCACCAGAGGGUCCACACAGGGGAGAAGCCUUACAGCUGCCCCCAGUGUGAGAAGAGGUUCUCCCACCAGCACCAUCUGAAGAUACACCUGAAGGUCCACACGGGGGAGGCCUGUACGCACUGGGGAAAGAGUUUCUCGGAGAGGAGCUACCUCAGGAUACACCAGCAGAAAAUGCACACGGACAACGUAUAUUGUAUAGUGAGUGAUACAGAAUUUGUUACUUUAAUAAAAGUCGAAAACAAAUAAAGUAUGUCUUCUCU